UCGCGCACCGAGUCACAGCAAACAGGUGCGUCAGUCGCUGCGCUCUCACCUCAUCGCCCGGAUACCUGCCGCGUUCCCCUCCGUCCAGCCGACACACACACACACACACACACACACACAACUGCAGCAACAUGCCAAAGUGCCCCAAGUGCCAGAAGGAAGUUUACUUCGCUGAGAGGGUGACAUCGCUGGGCAAGGACUGGCACAGGCCAUGUCUGAAGUGUGAGAAGUGCAACAAGACGCUGUCGGCGGGCUCCCAUGCAGAGCAUGAAGGCAAGCCGUACUGUCACAACCCCUGCUACGGUGCAAUGUUUGGACCUAAAGGAUUUGGCCGUGGUGGAGCCGAGAGCCACUCAUUUAAUUAGACAGGUUUGAAGUUGCCUGGAAACUAGAUAAAAGAAGCCAGCACUGCUCCCAAAGUUCCAAUAAAAAGGGCAAACAUUCAGAUUUCAUUGUUGUUUUUACUUCUGAUUUCUGAAGGAUGUCUGUGUAUCAUUCCCAUGACAUAGUAAUGAAGUGGUUGACCAGUCUCAUUCUGUUUUUACGGUCAUUAUGAAUAAACUUUUUAAAAUUUG